AUGUUGGAUAAAUACAAGUCCGUGGGUCCCAUCGAUGGACGAUACCAUAAAUACACGUUCCAUAUAUCAGAUUACCUCUCUGAGUAUAAAAUAAUGUCAAAUCGAAUAUUAGUAGAAGUUAGAUGGCUACAGUAUUUGGUUAGACUGGGAAUAACACCUGUAAAAUCUCUAUCUCAAGAGUCAAUAGAUUUUCUUGAAUCUCUAAGGUUUAUUUCUGAAGAGGAACUCCAAAAAAUAUUUGAACUGGAUACCAAGAUGAUGCACGAUGUCAAAGCCGUUGAAUACUACAUCAGAAAAAGAUUUGAAGUUGAUGGAACUCCAGAGUUGAAGAAGCUUAUAACUUGGGUUCAUGUGUUUUGUACUAGUGAAGAUAUAAACAGUCCCUCAUACUCAAUGGGUAUAAGAGACUGUAUGAAUUUUGUAAUGAAACCGCUAAUGUUAGAGAUUAUUUCAUCUUUGUGCAAACUUGCGUUAGAGAACGCAAAGAUGCCCAUGUUGUCCAGGACACAUGGUCAACCAGCCAUUCCUACGACAUUUGGAAAGGAAGUUUCCACGUUCGUCUACAGAUUAUCAUAUCAGUAUAAAAAGUGUAUUUCAAAUAUUGAUUAUUUUGCUAAAUUUGGAGGUGCGGUGGGAAACUAUAAUGCUCACUACUAUGCUUUCCCUGAUUUAGAUUGGACUGGUCACGUUAAAAACUUCAUAGAGGAACUUGGACUUAAAUAUCAGCCUUAUACUACUCAAAUUGAGUGCCAUGAUUUCAUAUCAGAACUGUCUGACAGCAUUUGUAGAUUUAACACAAUCUUAAAAAACAUGUGUCUUGAUUUCUGGCUAUACAACUCAAAGGGAUUACUGAGAUUAAAGAAUGUUAAGGGUGAAGUUGGCAGUAGUACAAUGCCUCAUAAGAUUAACCCAAUUGACCUUGAAAAUGCUGAAGGGAAUUUAGGGCUUUCAAACUCAAUGUUUCACUUCUUCAGCACUAAACUUCCAAUGAGUAGAAUGCAAAGAGACCUUUCAGAUUCCUCAGUCCUCAGAAACCUUGGAGUCGCUUUUGCACAUUCCGUUAUUGCCUAUAAUUCCAUCCUUUUUUCUCUAGAACGACUUUACUUUGAUGAAUCCACUUCCAAACUUGAAAUACAAGAAAAUUGGAAUAUACUUUCAGAACCCCUACAACUGAAUCUUAAAAUGAUGGGACAUUUGGAUGCAUUUGAGAAGGUGUUGAAGUUUACGAGGGGGUUUAAUCCGUCAAAGGAUGAAAUGCAGACGUUUAUAGAAAAGAACUGUGGAAAGGAUUCUAGGCUGUUGACAUUAAAACUGGAAGAAUAUCUUGGACUUGCCGAAAAACUGGCAAAAAACGUUGUAAAUUAUCUUCCCAAGGAAUUGUCAUCAAAAUUUGUAAAUGUACCACCUUAA